AUGGAGAAAUAUGCCACAUACCUGGAGUCCGCUCAGUGCAUCUGUCGGAGUAUCCUCUCCUCUGCCAGACGAAUUGAAACAUGUCGCCAAUAUGCUGCCGCUGGUGACGGAACUGCGGUCACUGCCCCUCGUAGCCAUCAUCUCAACAUGAGAGAGCACUGGUCUGCUUUGUCUCGCCGACAAUUCAAGAGGAUGCCAGACGAUAUAGUCACAAUAGGAGCUGGGGCAAAAUGCUGCGGAAGCACUGAGAGCAUUGAUCAUGUUGACUGCGAGCGUGGGGUCGUGCCCAAACAGGCUUUAGAGGAUGUUGAAAAGGCAGCAGGACUGUCGCAUAUCCUUCUUAGCGUCACUGGAAUGGAUUGCUCUGGCUGCGCGAACAACUUGACGCGAGCACUACAAGCUGCUGGUGGUACGAGGGAUGUCAAGGUCACCUUCAUCAGUGGAACCGCUGAAUUUCGUCUCGACGCCGAAGUCAAUACCUUGGACAACGUGAUCCGCAGCGCCCAACGAGCAACGGGUUAUAAGCUCGCACGAUUCUCCUCCGACACCCAGAUCAUUGACGUCGUGAUGAGUGCGACAAGCGCAAACAUAUUUUGCAACAACCUACCACCUGGCGUCGAACGGUGCGACAGGCUUUCAAAGACAACGUAUGAGAUCAGUUACGACCCCUGCAUCAUAGGUGCGAGGGCGUUGCUGGCUGGUGCUGAUGGUCAACUUGGUCCUCCCCGCAGCGACUCCUACCUUGACGAAGGGAAGCGGAGGCUCGUCCGAAUCACUGCUCUGACCACAGCAGCAUUCAUCCUGACAACGCCCGUUGUUGUGUUGGAAUGGGGCCGCCCUUCAGGCGUGUCCGAACAUACCACUUUGAUAGUGGCAGUGACCCUCGCCACGAUGGUCCAAGCAAUUGCGAUUUCAGAGUUUUAUAUUCCUGCAAUGUCGGCCUUGAUAUACAACAAAGUGGUAGAAAUGGACAUGCUUGUUGUCAUCAGCAUUACAGCCGCAUAUGGCUAUUCCAUUAUUGCGGCUGGUCUCUUCUUCGCCGGCAUUGAUCUGGAGACCAAACCGUUUUUCGAGACAAGUACCCUGUUGGUCACGUUGAUCCUGCUGGGACGUCUCCUGGCGGCUUGGGCUCGGAAACGAGCAGUGCAAGCCGUGUCAUUAAGAUCUCUUCAAACUUCAACAGCACAGCUUAUCGACCCAAUCACAGAGCACGCCAUGGAGAUUGAUGCCCGAUUACUUCAAUAUGGAGAUAGGAUCUCAAUACUGCCGCAUUCUCAGAUCGUCACCGACGCUGAUGUGCUGGGAGGGGCGAGUGAGGUAGACGAGUCAAUGCUAACAGGCGAAAGUAUGCCCGUUUCCAAGACCAUCGGAGAUUCUGUUGUGUCGGGCACUAUCAACGGCAGCGGAAGGUUGACAGCACGGGUAUCUCGCUUACCAGGGAGGAAUACCAUCACAGAUAUUGCCAACCUGGUCGAACAGGCACAGAGUUUCAAACCACGUGUCCAAGACUUGGCCGAUAAGGUAGCAGGAUAUUUUGUUCCUGUCGUGUGCACCGUGGCUCUUGUUGUCCUCAUUGUCUGGAUCCUGGUUGGUCUGAGGAUUCAUCAACGGUCUGCUGGAGGCGCCAUCGGAACUGCUAUCGGCUAUGCCAUUGCCGUUCUGGCCAUUAGCUGCCCCUGUGCACUUGGGCUGGCAGUUCCAAUGGUCCUUGUUGUCGCUGGAGGAGUAGCUGCACGGGGAGGUGUCAUCAUCAAGACAGCGGAUGUCAUCCAACGCGGCUUCAGGGUCACCGAUGUGAUAUUUGAUAAGACUGGAACGCUCACUGAGCCACGACUCCAAGUUGUGAAAGAACUGACCCGCCCCACGGAGAAACUUGAUCGCGGCACCCUGCUCCCCGUGAUCCUGAAGAUGGUGAGGAGCAACAAACAUCCUGUGUCCGAAGCUGUUGCACAGAUACUAGAUGCCCGGGGUGUAGGCUACACAGAAUUGGAGGGAGUCAUGUCCAUUCCUGGUUGCGGGCUCCAAGCACAAUGGCAAGGAUUGACACUCCGAGCUGGGAAUACAAAGUGGCUAGAGAUCAGCGAGACACCUGAGGUCGCUGAAGUCACAGCAGAAGGAUUGACAGUCUUCGGUGUUACGGUCGACGGCCAUCUGGCUGCAGUUUUUGGGUUGAAGUCUCAAGUCCGUGAAGGAGCUGUGGGCACCAUCCAAGAGCUCCACCAACGUCAGAUCACUGUUCACAUCGUAAGUGGCGAUGGGCGUCGUGUCGUGGAGGGCGUGGCAGCAGACUUGAGUAUUCCUCUGGACAAUAUUGCUGCCGAACAGACGCCGGCACAGAAGCAGGAGUAUGUGCGUCAACUCAUGGAUGCCGGAAAGAUCACCCUCUUCUGUGGGGAUGGGACGAAUGACGCGGUCGCCGUGGCUCAAGCGAAUGUCGGGGUCCAAAUUGAGUCUUCCUCAGAUGUCACACGUGCAACGGCAGAUGUUAUUCUUCUCCGCAAUCUCGACGGCGUGGUCAAUUUGUUGGAUGUGUCCAAAGCCGCGUUCCGACGCAUCGUUUUCAACUUCGUCUGGUCAGCAGCAUACAAUAUGCUUGCCAUCUUACUCGCAGCGGGGGCCUUUGUGAAGGUCCGCAUUCCGCCAGCUUAUGCAGGUCUCGGCGAGAUUGUCAGCGUGUUACCGGUCAUUGUUGUGGCAUUGACCCAGCCGAAGGUGAAGGGGAGGAAGUAG